CCGCAGCCUUCUUCCCGCCUGCACCCCAGGCCGUGGAGCGGCUGAUCCACCCUCAGCUGUGUGAGCAGUGCAUUGAGUUCCUGGAACGGCAAGUGGUGCAGUACAUCAAUGCCAGUCCUGAGCGUGGUGGGGACGAGGUGGGCCAUGCCUUCCUUCUGGUGCACACCAAGCUGCUGGCCUUCUACUCCAGCCGCAAUGCCAGCUCCAUCCGCCCGGCCGACCUGCUUGUCCUCAUCCUCCUGGUGCAGGACCUGUACCCCAGCCAGAGUGCUGAGGAGGAGCUCAGCCCCCAGCCCAUGGCAGGGAACGUUCUCCCCGAGGGACCCAAGAGAAGUGAGAGCAUCCCUGUGAGUGGCCCUGGCUCCCAUGGAGCUGCAGAGAAGGACUCAGAUGACCAGUGGCAGGACACAGAUUAUCAAUCUGUGCCCGAGGUCUACUACACACCUGAGCCCUCGCCAGGCAGGCACAGCACAGGCAGCGAGAGCUGGUCAGAGGGUGCUGAGAUGCUGAGCAUUGGGGAGGCAGAAGCUACAGAUGUCCAGAUGGCAGAGGACUUGCUCCAGACCUUGGGGCCUCUGGUCCCUGAAGCUUCAAACCCCAGAAGGAUCUUCUUGGAUGCCAGCCUGCGGGAAGGUUACUGCCCCUUGCUGCCACACACCAUGCACUGCCUGCCACUCUGGCCAGGCAUCUCCCUCGUGCUACUGACCAAGGGCCCCAUGACCCAGGUGGCUGUCACAUUAUACCAGUUGCUGGAUGGGUUCUUGGUGCUGGAGAAGAAGCUGGAAGAGGGGCCAGAGGCGGGAGUCGCACGCUCCUACCCGUUCCUGGCCGAGCUGCGGCAACGCAUGGACAAGUUUGUGAAGAAGCUGAGUGGACAGGACAUCCAGUUGCAGAACACCUGGUUGGACUUCAAGAACAAGAUAUUUUCCCGGAGCGAGCCUGGGAGCUCCUUGGAGCUGCUGCAGGCAGUGGCCAGUGUGAAGCGGCAGCUCUGCUCUGUGUACCACCAGCUCUUCCUGACCUCUGCUGGCCACAGCCUGUCCCAGGGGCUGCGGGACCAUGCUCAGAAGCUGAUGAGGGAGAAGCUGCUGGACUGGCGGGACUUCCUUCUGGUGAAGAGCAGGCGCAAUAUCACCAUGGUGUCAUACCUAGAGGACUUUCCUGGCCUGGUGCACUUCAUCUAUGUGGACCGCACAGCUGGGCAGAUGAUGGCACCAUCACUCAGCGUGACAGAGAAGUCCAGCUCAGAGCUCGGCAAGGGUCCCCUGGCCAACUUCAUCAAGAGAAAGGUCUGGUCCCUGAUCACACUGGCCCGGCGAUACCUACAGAAGGGCUACACGACACUCAUGCUGCAGGAUGGCGACUACUGUUGCUCCUACUUCCUCUGGUUUGAGAAUGAGCUGGGCUACAAGCUGGAGGUGAUAGAGGUACCGGUUCUGUCUGAUGAUUCUGCUCCAAUUGGGAUGCUGGCAGGGGACUACUACAGGAAGUUGCUGCGUUAUUACAGCAAGAACCACCAGGCAGAAGUAGUGAAGUGCUAUGAGCUGCUGACUGUGCACCUGGGCAUCAUCCCCUCUGAGCUUGUGGUCCAGCAGGCCUGCGACUUGGCCCGGCGCCUCUGGGAGCCAUCCCGCAUCCCUCUGCUCUGAGCUGCCUCUGGCCACCUCGGGCAUUAAAGCGGGUGUGGAUGUUCCAGGAA